AUGUUUAGGAACCAAUAUGAUCACGACGUAUCGGUUUGGAGCCCUCAAGGGCGUAUUCAUCAGAUUGAAUAUGCCAUGGAGGCUGUAAAGCAGGGCUCUGCUGCUGUUGCUUUAAAAAACAAGGACUAUUGUGUCAUCGUUGCACUUAAAAGAGCCCCUUCUGAACUGUCAUCUUAUCAAGAAAAGCUCAUUCCUAUUGAUUCGCACAUUGGAAUGGCAAUCACUGGCCUCACUGCUGACGGAUUCCUUCUUGCUAGGUUCAUGCGUCGGGAAUGUGCAGAUAAUCGGUGGGCUUAUGACGAACCGUUACCCGUUUCUCGUUUGCUGAGUAAGAUAUCUUUGAAGAUGCAAGUCCCAACGCAGCAGUAUGGUCGAAGACCUUUUGGUGUGGGGAUGCUCAUCACUGGUUACGAUGACAAAGGUCCGCAUUGCCCAUCUUCAAAUGCCUAUGAUUGUAAAGCCUUUGCGGUUGGCUCACGGUCUCAGUCGGCCAGAACCUACCUUGAACGUCACCUUGAUGAGUUUCCAAAUAGUACUGUCGAUGAACUCAUCGUUCACGGUCUAAAAGCUCUCAAGGGUUGCCUUCCUGCUGAGACAGAACUCUCCGGAAAGAACUGCGCCUUGGCGGUUGUUGGCAAAGAUCGGGACUUUUCAAUCUACCCACAGGAGAAUAUAGUGCCCCUUUUGUCUCGGACUUCAGAUACUCCUUCAGAGGAAUCGAAUGUUGCCGCACCCACCCAAUCUUGUGAACCGGCUUACGUUACGAGCACGCAGUUGUAUAACUGGCGGUUUACGCUGGACGAGUUGACUAACCAGCGCCAGGAGUGCAAUGCAUCUGCGCGGAGACGUCUCGCAGCGCAGUUUCGGGCGAAAGCUGAGGCUAAGAGCGGGGACGUUCAACCGGAACCGAAUUUUCUUACCGCCGAGGAAGAGUUUAUCAUUGUGAAGCGCUACAUCUUUGCCAUGAAGGAACUCUUUUAUCAGUUUUCGGAUUCUGGAUUGCCUGUUGAUGUCUUCGGAUUCGCAGCAACCUACCUUAAGCGAUUCUACCUUAACAACUCUGUGAUGGACUACUUUCCGCGUGAGAUGAUGCUUACUGCCCUCUACCUCGCUUGUAAGGUGGCCGACUAUCCUCUAGGUCUGGAGACAUUUGCAGCACACAUUCCACGCAAUCGCGAGCAUUACAGUGAAAUAAUUGUCCACUCAGAGCUCUUUCUCAUGGAAAAGCUUCAAUACGAUAUUUGGAUUCACACACCGUAUCGUCCAUUAAACGGUUUACUGGUGGACUUCCUCGCCUAUCGCAGGAUUCACCGAGGUGAGGCGAUGGAGACAGAAGGUGAGGAGGUGACAACUGCCAAUAUGAUGGCUAACUUGAAGAAGGAGGGCUACGAGAUUAUUCACAAGUGGUUUCAGACAGAUCUAUGUCUCACUCACUCACCCAGCCAAUUCGCACUUGCAGUACUUCUGGAACUUGGCCGAAACCAUCCGGAUUUGGGGAUAGAGGAUUUUGUGAAAAACUCUAUGUGUGAACGCGAUUCCUCUGAUGGGUCAAUGGAACAGAAAUGGACGGUGUUAAAUGAAAAACUCGAACAGAUCCAGGCAAUGGUCGGAGAAUUUGAGUUCAUUUCAGAUCUCACCUGUGGCAGCGAUUUGGAAGCUGUGUUGAUGCAGUGUCGAAACCCCCUCUAUGAUCCUCUUUCGGAGGAGUAUGCGGCGGCCAAAAAACAAGCGGAGAAACUUUUAUCUUUUUUGGAUUGA